AUGCUGGGCGCCACGCUGUGCCCACUGCUGCUUCUGUUGGCCAUGCUCAGGAGCGUGCUGGCAUCAGGACCCGAUUCUCAAAGUUCAUUUCUACAAAUCAUAUUUCCAGAGAAAAUUGAAGAUAGUACAAGCUCAGAAGAAACGAUAUCCUACGUUAUUCCAAUAAACGAGAAGCCGUACACUGUGCACCUCCAGAAAAGUUAUUUUUUAGCAGAUCGUUUUAUGGUUUAUUCAUAUAAUAAAGGAUCUGUGAGUUCGCGCUUUACAGACAUCCCGAUGCAAUGCUACUAUCAAGGCUACGUCAAAGGCUACCCGAACUCUGUUGUCACACUCAGCACGUGCUCUGGACUGAGAGGAAUCCUGCAGUUUGAAAACGUGUCUUACGGAAUCGAGCCCCUGGAAUCUACAGUUACAUUACAGCACAUUAUUUAUAAAUUAGGCAAUGAGGAAAAUAAGUUAACAAUUUUUAACAAAAAUAGCAGAAACAUAGAGAUGCCAACGAACUACGGCAUUUUUAUCAACGAAAAAAAGGUGAAGACACCUGUAAAACAGUCAUCUCCUCUCUAUCUCGAGAUGAAUAUCGUGGUGGACAAAGCGUUGUAUGAUUAUCUGGGCUCUGACAGCAUGACUGUAACAAACAAAAUUAUUGAAGUUAUCAGUCUUAUAAAUUCAGUGUUUUCCCAACUUCAGGUUACUAUUGUGCUGUCCUCACUGGAGUUAUGGUCAGAUAAAAAUAGGAUUCCUACCGUUGGUGAAGCAGAUGAAUUGUUGCGUCAAUUUUUAGAAUGGAAGCAGUCCUAUCUUACCCUAAGACCUCACGAUGUUGCAUAUUUAUUCAUCUACAACGAGCACCCAAAUUACGUGGGAGCGACAUAUCCUGGAAAGAUGUGUGUGACCCGCUACUCUGCAGGAAUUACAAUGUACCCCAAGAACAUGACUUUGGAGGCAUUUUCCAUCGUCGUCUCCCAGAUGCUGGGUCUCAGUCUGGGAAUAUCAUACGAUGAUCCAGCGAAAUGCCCCUGCUCAGAAGCCGUCUGCAUCAUGAACCCAAGAGCUAUGCAAUCUGCAGGUGUGAAGGUGUUUAGCAACUGCAGUCUGAGUGACUUUGAGCGCUUUAAGUCUAAUGUGGGUGCUAAAUGUCUUCAGAAUAAGCCGCAAAUGCAAAUUAAUCCGAGAGCAGUCUGUGGAAACGGCAAAGUGGAGGGUAACGAGAUCUGUGACUGUGGCUCCCUGCAACAAUGUGGGCCUGAUAGCUGUUGUGAACCUACAACUUGUGUUCUGAAACAAGGGAAAAAUUGCGACAGCAUGUCUCCCUCACAAACCUGCUGCCAAUCUUGCCAAUUUUUACAACAAAACCAUGUAUGCAGGCCCCCAAAGCAUGCAAAAUGUGAUAUUCCUGAAGUCUGCAAUGGGAGCUCAGGACUUUGUCCACCUGAUGUAACCAUACGCAAUGGGCACACCUGCAGGGAUGGCGGGUCUAUCUGUUACAACGGAGACUGUCCGGACCUGAAUAAACGCUGCGAGGAGAUGUAUGGAAAAGGUUCACGGAACGCUCCAUUUUCCUGCUAUGAAGAGAUCCAGGGUCAAACUGAUAGGUUUGGCAACUGUGGUAAAGACCGGCAAAACAGAUAUAUAUUCUGUGGAUGGAGGAAUCUCAUCUGUGGGAGAUUAAUUUGUACUUACCCCAGCCGCACUCCAUACAUCCCACCUAAUAACAGCACUGCUUCUGUGAUCUAUGCUUUUGUUCGAGACCAAGUAUGUAUCGCUGUGGACUUUGGAUCGAGUGUCCAAGAAGAUCCGCUCAAGGUCCUUAAUGGUACUCUGUGUGAUCAGGAUAGGAUUUGUUUAAAUGGCGAAUGUGUAGAAACAAGAUUCCUUAAGGUCGAGUCACAGAUUUGUGCAAACAAGUGCAAUGGAAAUGGAGUAUGCAAUUCGCUUGGCGAGUGUCAUUGUACUGGUGGCUACACACCUCCAAACUGUGCAACGCGUGGUCGAGCUUCCCUGCAGCUUAACCAGCUUGAUCGGCUCAAGGAAGGACCAUCCAAGAACGCAGAAAAGAAGUGGCUUCUAAGUUUGUACAUUGUUUUAAUUAUUCUCACCUCAACAGCUCUGGUAACCACAGCAUGGAAAGGCAUGAAGCAGUGGCUUUUCAAGGAAGAGGAAUUCCUGAGUAGCGAAACCAAAUCAGAAGGCAACACUCAUACCUACACCAGCAGAACAAAAUCCCAGGCAAGCAGUGUAACACCUGCCAGCAGCACAUGGCUGUGUUGUGUUUUCCAGCCCACAGUUGUGCUCUCAAGCCUGCAGGCAGUAGCUGGGAGCCUGUUUACUGCAAACCCUGUGCAAGAGACUUGGGAACCUGCCAUGCAGCUCAGCUCAUGGUGGUUGGCAGCUGUCUGUGCCAAGAAUAUGCAUGCAUGCACCCUGAAUGGACUCAGCAGGCUGUGUUUACAUACAUACAGUAAUAAAGAGGAGGCCAGGGAUCUGAGAUAG